CUCUAUCCAACGCUUCCUUGGUCAUGCUUGACAUCACUUACCACCUAAAAACAACAUGCCCUUCCAAACUUACGAGCAGGCUCUAAACCAAAUCCCCAAUAUCAUGAACAACUUCCUUCAUGCCACUGACUCAACACCCCUCCGAAUCGUUGGCGACACCCCAACCAACGCCCUAGACUCAGAGGACUACUUAAGCUCCAUAACUGCAAUCGUCAGGAACGUCACAAAAUCAGUGCAUCAUUCCCAUCCAGAUACUCAAACCCGCUUUCUCGCCGCCGCCAUCUACGAACGACAUUCUUACUUUGUCCUAGACCUCAACAAUACCCACUACGACUACAAAACCGCUCAUACGGAUUUGACUCCCAUCCCUGUAUAUGUCCUCCGUCUGUCUCGACGACCAAGAAUUUUCCGGUUCCAACCGGAAGAUACGAGACUGGCGGAGAGGUUGGCGGAUAUGCACAGGGGUCGUGGGUACGAGCCGUUACCGUUAUUUGAGGAUCAUCAUGGGAUUGUCCAAUACCGCUCUCCACGCGGUCUGUUUGAGUGAAGUCUUUGUCUAGUUUAUUGCUUGCUUAGGGAUCCUUUGGACUUCGACUUGAUAUACAAGAAACUAUUGAUAAUCCUUGUCAAUGACUCUGGGGCCUUCCCGCAGGUCAUGACCCAGUUGAAAUGUCCAUUGCAUCGGAUCCUUGUGAGGAGGCCAUCCCUCCUUGUCUGAUGGAAUACAUCAUCCCGUGGAUAACCAUCUAGGCUUCUUUCUCUCCCUGGUCUCGAUAUAAAGCCCUCUGUCUAUACUGCUAUCAAGUUAAAAAUCAAUAACUCAAAGGGAGGUCACACAGUUAUACAGACCCUACCGUCGGGCUUCAGUAUAACAAA